AUGGCAUGCAGCUCCAGUUCUUCCAGUAGCGACGGGCUGAAUGCUCCCGAUGUGGAACAAAACGCGGGCAGCCAUGACUUUCUCAUGAACCAUUCUGUCCAGAGUUUCUCUUGGAGUGAUCUCACUGUGUCAGUCAGAGACCGAAGAACCAAACAGCCCUUGAACCUGAUUGAGAGUGUCAGUGGGAGCGUGCAGCAAGGGGAGCUUGUCGCGCUUAUGGGCCCCUCGGGCUGCGGCAAAACAACGCUUCUGAACGUCCUCGCACGUCGUGCUGCAUCAUCGGGCGCUAAAUCCUCCGGACAUUGUUAUGUCAAUGGUGGCGAGGUUGAUAACGCAACGUUUGGCAGAAUUACUUCGUAUGUUGAGCAGGAGGAUGCACUAAUAGGGAGUUUAACUGUGCGAGAGACGUUGAAGUUUGCAGCGGAUUUAUCGUUACCGGGGUUCGUAAGCAGGUCAGAGCGUGUUGAGAGGAUACACACCCUUCUCGAAUCUUUCGGUAUCCAGAACCAGGCCUCUACGCUUGUCGGGACACCGAUUAGGAAGGGCAUCAGCGGCGGACAGAAGAGGCGAGUCAGUGUUGCCAGUCAGCUCAUCACCUGUCCCAAAAUACUGUUUCUCGACGAGCCCACGAGCGGACUUGACUCAACUGCGAGCUAUGAAGUUAUUUCUGGAAAAACCUGUUACUAUGGCCCUGUUAAGCAGGUUCCAUCGUACUUUGGAAGUAUUGGAUAUCCCAUCCCUCCCCAGACAAAUCCAGCCGAGUUCAUUCUCGACAUCGUCAGCUCAGACUUUAUGUCAGAAAAAAAUUCCAUGAGGAAUGAUGUGGAGGCAAUUCAGUCUGCCUGGUCGCAAUCUCCAGAAAGCAGUCGGCUUAAGCAGCAGAGAACUGAGUUCGCUGAGAAAGGGAGCAGGAGGGUUGUCGUGGAUGAGGCCAGUCGCCCUGGUCUGUUGAGUAUCACCAUAUCACUCUUGCAUCGCUUGCUCAUCAAGAGCUAUCGCGAUGUCGUAGCGUACGGCAUCCGUAUAGUCAUGUAUAUGGGUUUGGCGAUCAUGAUGGGUACUGUCUGGCUACGUUUGGGGACGGAGCAGGAGUAUAUCCAGCCUUUCAUCAAUGCAAUUUUCUUUGGAUCAGCCUUCAUGAGUUUUAUGGCCGUCGCCUACGUCCCAGCGUACCUUGAAGACCGCGCAACUUUCACAAAAGAGCGCGCAAAUGGUCUUUACGGCGCUCUUCCAUUUAUUAUCUCAAACUUCAUUAUUGGUCUUCCAUUCCUCUUCCUGAUUUCAAUCCUCUUCUCCAUCGUCUCUUACUGGCUCUCCAAUUUCCGCCCUAGCGCCCCAGCCUUCUUCACCUGGGUAAUGUGGCUUUUUCUCGACCUCGUUGCAGCCGAAUCCCUCGUCGUCCUUGUGACGUCUAUAUUCCCGAACUUCGUGAUAGCACUUGCCCUCGUUGCAUUCGCCAAUGGUCUCUGGAUGAGCGUGGGUGGGUUCCUGGUGUCGCCGAAUAUUCUCAAUCCGUUCUGGAAGUAUGUUUUUCACUACAUCGAUUACCAGGCCUACGUCUUUCAGGGAAUGAUGGUCAACGAGUUCGCCGAGCGAAUCUACUCCUGUGCUUCUAACGGGUCCGAAUGCAACUGCAUGCAAAUGGGUUGGGAUCCUGCUGGGGAUUAUCGCAGGCUAUAG